CUCUUGAAUGUCCAUAUCCUUAGAACAAGGGAUCCCUCCAGUUUGAGGACAAGUGGGAUCUGAUGCGUCCCAUUGUCCUUAAGUUGCUUCGCCAAGAGUCCGUAACUAAGCAGCAGUGGUUCGAUCUCUUCUCAGAUGUUCACGCAGUUUGUCUUUGGGAUGACAAAGGACCAGCAAAGAUCCACCAGGCCCUCAAGGAGGACAUCUUAGAUUUUAUUAAGCAGGCCCAAGCGCGAGUGCUAAGUCAUCAAGAUGACACGGCGCUCCUCAAGGCUUACAUCGUGGAGUGGAGAAAGUUCUUCACGCAGUGUGACAUACUACCUAAACCUUUCUGCCAGCUAGAGAUCACCCUGAUGGGCAAACAGGGCAGCAAUAAGAAGUCUAACGUGGAGGACAGCAUUGUUAGGAAGCUGAUGCUGGACACUUGGAAUGAAUCCAUUUUCUCCAAUAUCAAGAAUAGACUGCAGGAUAGUGCAAUGAAGUUAGUCCAUUCUGAACGGUUGGGAGAGGCGUUUGACUCGCAACUGGUCAUCGGGGUCAGAGAGUCUUAUGUGAACCUGUGCUCCAAUCCUGAUGAUAAGCUGCAGAUCUACAGGGAUAACUUUGAGAAGGCCUACCUAGAUUCUACUGAGAGGUUCUACAGGACCCAGGCACCGUCAUAUUUGCAACAGAAUGGAGUACAAAACUACAUGAAAUAUGCAGACGCUAAGUUAAGGGAAGAGGAGAAACGUGCACUACGAUAUUUAGAGACUCGGCGUGAAUGUAACUCUGUACAAGCACUUAUGGAAUGUUGUGUGAAUGCACUGGUAACGUCAUUUAAAGAAACUAUCUUGGCUGAAUGUCCAGGCAUGAUCAAACGGAAUGAGACUGACAGGCUUCACCUCAUGUUCUCGCUCAUGGAUAAAGUGCCCAAUGGGAUAGAGCCCAUGCUGAAAGAUCUGGAGGAUCACAUCAUCAGUGCUGGACUGGCAGACAUGGUGGCUGCUGCCGAGACCAUCACAUCUGACUCUGAGAAGUAUGUGGAGCAGCUUCUGACUCUGUUCAAUCGCUUUAGUAAAUUAGUGAAGGAAGCGUUCCAGGAUGAUCCACGAUUCUUGACGGCCAGAGAUAAAGCAUACAAAGCAGUUGUGAAUGAUGCCACAAUAUUUAAGUUGGAGCUGCCAUUGAAACAGAAGGGGGUGGGUCUCAAAACACAACCAGAGUCGAAGUGUCCAGAGCUGCUAGCCAACUAUUGUGACAUGCUGCUAAGAAAGACGCCACUAAGCAAAAAGCUGACUUCAGAGGAGAUAGAGCUCAAGCUAAAGGAAGUGCUACUUGUGCUAAAAUAUGUCCAGAACAAGGAUGUGUUCAUGAGGUACCACAAAGCUCAUUUGACAAGGCGUCUGAUCCUGGAUAUAUCAGCGGACAGUGAAAUUGAGGAGAACAUGGUCGAGUGGCUCAGGGAAGUUGGUAUGCCUGCUGACUAUGUGAACAAGCUGGCUAGAAUGUUCCAGGACAUCAAAGUGUCUGAAGAUCUUAACCAGGUUUUCAAGGAGAUGCACAAACACAACAAGCUGGCUUUGCCAGCGGACUCUGUGAAUAUAAAGAUCUUGAAUGCUGGAGCAUGGUCACGCAGCUCAGAAAAGGUGUUUGUAUCUUUGCCCACUGAGCUGGAAGAUCUCAUCCCUGAGGUGGAGGACUUCUACAAAAAGAACCACAGCGGCCGCAAGCUCCACUGGCACCACCUCAUGUCCAAUGGCAUUAUCACAUUCAAGAAUGAAGUAGGGCAGUAUGACCUAGAGGUGACGACCUUUCAGUUGGCUGUACUUUUUGCCUGGAACCAAAGACCCAGAGAGAAGAUCAGCUUUGAGAAUCUGAAACUUGCCACUGAGCUGCCUGAUGCUGAACUGAGACGAACUCUCUGGUCUCUUGUUGCCUUCCCAAAGCUCAAACGCCAAGUGCUGUUAUAUGAACCUCAAGUGAGCUCUCCUAAAGACUUCACAGACAGUACAUUGUUUUUCGUUAACCAGGAAUUCUCCUUAAUAAAAAACUCCAAGGUUCAGAAGAGGGGGAAGAUAAACCUGAUUGGUCGAUUGCAGCUGACGACAGAGCGAAUGAGAGAAGAGGAGAAUGAAGGCAUUGUCCAGCUUAGAAUAUUAAGAACACAGGAGGCCAUCAUUCAAAUCAUGAAGAUGCGUAAGAAGAUCACGAACGCCCAGCUGCAGACAGAACUGGUGGAGAUCCUUAAGAACAUGUUCCUCCCUCAGAAGAAGAUGAUCAAAGAACAGAUCGAGUGGCUCAUUGAGCACAAGUACAUCAAGAGAGACGAGACAGACAUUAACACCUUCACCUACAUGGCGUAGCACAUAAAUGACCCCAGAGAUGAUCCGUAACCGUUCUUAGGAUGAUGAUGACGUACCUGACGAGGACCAGCAGCGAGGGAGGGAUGGUGACAUCUCGAGGAAACUGCUUAGUCUGCUGGUCUUCUGGCAUAGUGAUGAGCUUGACAGUCACACAUCAGAGAAGUUAAAUUAAAAAAUGUAAUCCCUGCCUUACCUUACAGUGACGACACACAAGAUGAGGAUAGGAGAUAUUUAAAAAAAAAAGACUAAAAGGAUUCUAUUUUUGCCAUUGGUAGUCAGUAUGCAUGGUGGGCGUUUUGCCUUUUAUAUGUGUUGAUCUCCAGCAGCAUGCUGUCAGUGGACAUGUCACAAUCAUCCAAGGAAUUUUUGUGUUUGCUGUGUAAAGAGUGUUUUUCCCUCCCGAAUCUUCCGUCUGCAUUCACGUCUACCCAUCCUUGGCACACAGGCCGGGUGAGCGAUGUCUCGCUGUUAUUGUACAACACCUGGCCAUGCACGCCAACAACUGAGUCACUGAGGAGUGUGAACCAGGACGAGGACUAGCAUUAGCACUUUUCACAUUCUCUGCCACAAUAUGUCUGCAUGGUUUAUUUGGAUUGUUUUGUAGGUCUUUGGGUUUUCUUUUCUGUCACAUUCAGACAGAAAAACUCUGUAUUCAGAGUUUACACCACAAGUUAUUCUGGGUUUAAAGGGAUUGUUCACCCAUAAAUGGAAAUUCUGUCAUCAUUUACUCAUCCACUGUACAGGUUUUCUUUUUUGUUAGUUCACUUUUCUUGUGUAAAAAAAAAAAAAAAAAAGACGCAUUGAAAGUGAAUGGUGACUGAAACUAACAUUCUGCCAAACAUCUCCGUUAGUGUUCCACAGAAGAAAGUCAUAUGGGUUUGGAACAACAAGAGGAUGAGUAAAUGAUGACAGAUUUUUAAUUUUUAGGUGAACUAUAUCGUAAUUACCAGGAAAGAGUCAGCGAGUGUGGUUCAAGACAUCUUCUACGACGUCACAAAAACCUUCCCAUCCAUAUAUCCAUGGUCAAGGUCUGCAGGGAGAAACAGGCUCACAUAGUGGUAUCAAAUGUCUCUUUGACAUGUAUUUGUGAGCCAAGCCAAGAACGUCAGUGUAAUGUAGUCACAAUUUUGUUUAAUUAGUGUUUACUUCAUGCAGAAGCAAGUGGAGAUGGGCGGCGUUAUCAGUUUCAGGUUACAACUGAGAUGCUGACUGAUAUAUUUUCUUUAUUCCCCCAUCACAACCUCUAAAGCACAGAGUUAAUGGAGUCCUAUUGAAGCUCCAACUAAAGUAAAGUAGGGCAGGAGAGUUAUUUUAAGAGUAGGUUUUGUCGGUGUUCAUUAGCGGCUCAUAGCCCUUGCUAAUCACACGGUGCCAAAGUAGACCAUGAGAAGGCAAAUUUAAAGAAAAUACAAAUAAUGUGGGAGAUAUUAUAAUGAUUUUUCCAAUUUAAACCUCUUUCAGAGAAUCUGUACAAUCCUGAAAUGAUUUGCCUCUAAUUCUAGGAUGUAAUUUGUCUAGUGGUUUUUAAAGGGACAGUCAACCUAUUAUGUAAAUUAUGUCAUAAUUUACUCGCCCACCUGUUGUUCCAAUCCAUGUCUGUCCUCCGUAUGAAGCUCAGCAGACUAACGGCCUCAGUCACCAUUUGCUUUCAUUGAAUGGGAAUAAAAUUAAAUGCAAGUGAAUGGCGACUGAGGCUAACAAACUGCUUUUGUGUUCUGCAGAAGAGAGUCAUACAGGUUUGGAACAACAUGAGGGUGAGUAAAUAAUGACAGAUUGUUAAUUGUUGGGUGAUCUAUCCCAAUCAAUCACUUUGAGGGAGCCUUGUGACUGACAUCAGGCAUAAACAGUUGAAUGCUGUCCAGUGUCUCGCACUGUCUGAACAAAAGCUUGUGCAUGUUGAUCUAAUGUCUAAUAUAAUCAAAAGAGAAGUGUUCCAAUUAUUUCCAUUUAUUAUCAGCAUUUAAUGGAAUAUUCCAGGUUUAAUACAAGUUAAGCUCAAUCAACAGUAUUUGUGUCAUAACUUUGAUUUCCAUGGAAUUUUUU